AUUACAAACUGUCAGUGUCAACUAGAAUUUGACUUCUGAGUAAAUUAAAAGUAGGAACGUUACGGUUAAAAGAAAUUAAACGUGCAAACUUGGUAGCUAAAUCAUAUACAUAUAAAAGAUUUACAAAGAUGGAACCAAUGACACUUGGUAGUCCUACACAUUCGCCCUCAGGGAGCCCUAAUGUAGGGUAUUUACCGCCUUUUCUGCUGGGUGAAAUAAAUCCGCCAACAACACCUAGAACAAAUAGUUUGUCCCCAACUAAAGGACGAAAUCUAGCAUUUGGUUCACCUACCAGUCCUAGUAAAACAUCAACACCAGAUCAAAAAAUAUACCGUCAGAACAUCUCUAUGCACCAGCAAGCGCUGUAUAACCAACAAAGCACAUAUACUAAUAUUCCGACUUCACCCAACAUAUCUUACUCGACUAAGCCGAAUGGUCCACCCAUUGAAGACUUAUUCGACACAAUAAAAAGCAAUGAGCCGUCUGUAAAUAAAUCAUUGUAUAAUGAUCACAGUUUUCUUGGCUAUGGAAAUAAUAUGAUGUUACAAAAUUCCUAUGGAAAUAACAUCGAUCUGUCUGUUAACAAUCAAUCUUUAUCCCAAUGGCAGGAUAUUUGUCAAGAACAAGAUGAAUACUGGGUGACUGUGUUUGGGUUUCCACCUAAUGCUGCUAAUACAGUAUUGGCAAGAUUCAGCAACUGUGGUGCUAUUCUGGACAAGCAGUAUCCUACACAAGGCAACUGGGCCCACAUUAGGUAUGCGACAAGAGCAGAGAAAGAGAGAGCCAUGGCUUUAAGUGGAAGGCAAGUCUUGCCAGGGGUAAUGGUUGGAGUAAUUGAGUGCAAGGAACCACCCCGAAUAUCUUUUACUAGUCCUGGAAUUAUGUCACCCGAAAGGCAAACUACUGGAGCCCGAUCCCUAUGUCCAACACCAAUACCCUCAGCACCAGUCCCUCAGAAGUCUAGUGGUCUCAUUUCCAAAGCAUUAGACUAUGUGCUGGGAUGGUGACAAAUACUUUAUCUAAAACUUUAUUGAAAUAACUUAAAGGGAUACCACAAAUACAUUUACAUUAAUUUUGUAAAAGUUUGAUGUCUCUGUGGCCUAUAAAAUGACCACUGUUCACAUCAUGCGAAUGUUGUUUAAUCACAAAAUAGAUACUAAUUUUCACAAUUUUAAUGAAUGGGGUGAGGAUGACAGUUUUACCUGAUAACGUCUGGACUUCGGGAAAAAGAGAUAUUUCAUCAUCAAAUACUGAAUAGUUUUGAUUUUAUGAUUUGAUGUCUGUGGCCUGGUAGAAUAGAAAGAAAAAAAACGCGGUCUGUAGGUUUGGACAAGGUCAGUAACCUGUAUUCUAAAAAACUUAUUUAAAUGUCAUUCCAUACUAUUUAUAUAGAAAUAAGAUAUUACCUACUAUUUUAACUCUUCCAGCCCUACUGAUCUGAAUUUUGAGGACAUUAAUCUCAAUGUAAUAUUUUUGUUUAAUAAUAUAAAAUUAAUAUUAUUCACAAAAUUAUGUUUACAAUUUAAUGUUUAUUACAUAAUCACCUGUGAAGGCCGUGUUUUCGUUUAAGGUAAUACUGUCAUCCCUAUCUUCUAUAUAAAAAAUUGUAUUAGCAACAUUGUAGUAAUAAAUAGAUCAUAAAAAAAAAAAAAAAGUAGGUAUAUAUCGAAUUUAGUGGUUGAGCAGGUUCUUAGCCUGUAAGGACCGAUACUACUGUCCUAUAUAUUUCUGCUGAAGUAGCUCUGCUAAUGUAAUUGAGCCUAAUCUCAUCUCUCGAGGGAAACGGUGUAUUCAGGUUGGGACGCUAAUGCUUUCCGGUGACCUUUAUACCUGUAGAAAUUAGCUACUUCACAUAUAAUUGAGAAAGAUCUAGCAAAUAUUUAUCUAAAGGAUAUUUCGUUUAAAAAAAUUAUCAAAAUAGAAACUUAACGAAUUUAAGAAUUUUAUUAAACAUUUACAACAUUUACCAGCAAGAGCUGCGCCAUUUGAAUGUAUUAAAACAAUAUGUCAGAAAAUAAAUCGCAUGUAACCUAUAAUAUUAAACGACCUAUUUUUUUUAUGUGUAACAUUUUAACUCUCUGAAAUGAGCACUUGGUGAGCCAAAAUUAACCGAAAAGCCGAAAUAGGCUUCGUGAAAUUAUGACAAAAGUUUGUAAUCAAAUCUAGAGGAGCGCGUACAAUUCGAACUAACAUUAUAAAUGCUGUGAUUUAUGUUUUUAGUUAUACUGUGUCAAAUAUUCAUAACAAAUACAGUCAAACCUGGGUAAGUGAGAACUGGAUAAGUGAGAAAACUCUAUAAGUGAGAGUAAUAGCCAGGACCCGUCAUUUUAAGCUCCCAAAACCUCUAUUAGCGAGAAACAGAAACCUCUGUAAGAGAGAGUCGUUUUUCCCUCAUGGACCUCCGUAAGUGAGACUGCUACUUAUCUAUACCUCUAUAAGUAACAGUCGAGCUUUAUUUAUUUAUAUUAUUUAGGAGGAACAAAUGAAAAAACAAAUUACAAAUUUAACAUCUGCUAUUUUAUGACUCAUUCUUAACUUUUGUGGAACUUUCUACCAUUGAUUUUGAAUUGUUUUCUCGUCAAUAUUGAACCUAUUCUAUUUCGUGGAACUAAAUAACGUUGUUAUUUUAUCGCAUUCUUUUAGAAUGGACACGUGUGCCUAUGUACCGUCCUGUUUGUCGGACUUAUUCAGCUUAUCGUUAAUCAAUUGCGAAGAAAAGUUCUGUUCUGUAUCAUGUCAAAACUGAAAAUUAAAGUACUGUCAUUAAGUGAUAAACUUAAAUAGUGAAUGCGUUUGAAUCCGGAAAAUCGCGAAAUAAAAUUCAGAGGAAGCAUUAAACAGAAACUUGGGUUUUGUGAGAAACCUCUAUAAGCGAGAAUGAGAUUGUGCUCCCUUGAACUCUCUCUUAUCCAGGUUUGACUGUACUAUUUUAGAGGGAUAUAUUUUUUCUACAUUAACUCAAUUGAAGCAGUGGGUAAAAGUUAGUUUUUAACAUUACUGAUCUGUGCUAUCGACACACAAUUUUCCCAUUAAUGAAGUUUCAUGUUGCGCACCAAUACGGACUAAAUUCAUUGUUUAAAUUUACUUAUAGGUACUGUAUACUAUACCUUACCUAUACUAUACUUGUUUGCUUUUGGCUGGUUCAGAUGCUUUAAUUACAUGUGAUCAUUGAUUAAUUUAUUCAACAUAUCAACAUGCAAUCUUAAUUAUGUUAGCUUUAAGAUAAUGUUAACAGGAAUGAAAUUUAUAAAUAAAAGAAUAAUUCGAUAUCCAAAA